GUUCUGACAAGGACCUCACUCAUGGAUUUGCCGAGUUGUAUAUCCGCUGCCACCUCCUCGCAAUGCCACUUUCUAGUGUGCUACUCCUCGAAAUACUGCUCAAGUCAUAGUCCACUGCCGACAUUUGCCAGUAGACCCGCUCGGUACACCCCACACCUGACUGUUCGCCCCCUCCGCCGUCGACAUGUCUGCCAGCACGAAGACGCAGCAAAAUGGUCAGACGCACGAUGAUAUCGAGUUCCUGUCUGCGCCAACCAGAGUAGCUCGCGGCAUGGGCAAGACUGGGCGCGCGCCUGUGUUUGCGACGAAUCAACAGAUGCGGGCCCUUCAGGCGGCGUACCAGGAAAGCACGUUCAUCCAGGGAUCUAGGCUGCAGAAACUCGCCGACGAUGUUGGACUGACGCAGAGGUGGAUCGCGCUCUGGUUCCAGCGGCAGCGACGGAAGACGCGCGAUGAGAAGCCUCAAGAGGCCGACCAGCCUGUUAAACAGGAAGAUGAGGUGCCUUCUGUGAAGGGGAACACGAACGGCCGCGUUCGAAAGCGGCGCAAGAGCAAGAAGAUGAUCGAAGACGAAGACGACGAUGAGCAGGAUGUUGGUGCGUCUAGCUCGAAGUCCCUCGUCAAGAAGGAGCCGGAAGACUCCACUGCGACGGUGCCCGCGAAGCCGCUGACUCUUACUAUACGACUACCGGCGCUAAAGAGGGCUCACCCGACGAUGAACGACGCGCACUCGGAGGUGACGAUGGUGGUCGAUCCACAGCCGGUCACGCAGACGGCUUCAUCUCAGCCUACGGCGUCCUCUUCAAGACCUCGAUCCGGCUCCAUAAUCGACUUCGGAGACACGAAUGAACCCAUGCCUGCCCCAACGGAGCAUCAGCAACCUCUAUCGUUCCCCCGCCAAGAAUCCUUCCCCUCCGCGUCCAGACCACCUUCGCCUCAGGAAAUUAUAACUCAACCUCAAUACCAGAGCCACUAUGACCCCUCGAGCUCCGCGCCACAAGUAUUCUUACCGGUCCCCCCAACACUUCAACCCCCAGGCUCGCCCGUCUCCAUCCCCUCCAGCUCCUCCGAUAGCGACGACAGCGACCUCGCAUCUGCCCCACCCCUCCUCGCCUCCAAUCCACAUGCCCGCGCCUUGCACGCCGGCGCGCCCGUCGACCCGGACGUCGCCACCCAGCCGGCUUACAAGUUCACCGACCCCACGCGCCUGCGCGAGAUGUAUGUGGACAUGUACAGCCGCCCGGGGCCCGCGCCGCUCGAUGUGCUAGCGCCGCCGCAGAAGCGUACGCGGACGGCGUAUGAACACUUGGCGAAGUAUCCCACGUUGGCGCCUGGGGAGAGGGCGGCGAUGGGGCAGUCGCAGAUGAAGCAGGAGCCAGGAGAGGGAAGCUUGCAACCCAGGCCCUCUCCGUAUAUGCCUCCGCCACCACCACCUGCCGAAGGAGAGGAGGAUCCCGCCAUGGCUUUGUCGUCGCAUGCCGAAGAGGCGGAUCCUACUGCGCGGGAGCCCUCUGAAGAGGUUCAACUCGCAUAUCCCGACGCAGCUUCGCCUUCGCCUCCGCCAUCAGGAACCUUGCGAACCUCGCAUGGACCAGCAGCAGCACUUCGUACUCAACGGACAUUCGUCAAAACUGAGCCAGCCUCUGAUGCGCCUGCGCUUCGACCAGCGAACUUUGAAGUCCCUCCCGUACCGUAUGGUGCGCCUCCGUGGCGGCCGAUGUCUCCGCAGCCGUCAAGGAGACAGUCAACUGUGGCCAUUCCCAAUGAGGAACUCGACGAAGAUAGCCCUGCCGCUCUCUUCAAACAACUUGCUGUGCUGAAAGUGGCCGAUGACGCAGGCCCGGUGGACGUUGAUGCGUCAGCAGGUCAGGAAUAUGUUACGGAUCGAGAGGAGAUUCUGCGCCGACUGCUUGACCCUGCGCUGGCUGAGCGAGAUCCAGUUCAGGCAGCGAUGGGUCUUGUUUUCUUGGCUCGCGUGGGCAUGCAAGAUUACCUGUGAUCUGCUGUCGGCCUGCUUGCUUUGCCUGACCUUUCUCUUGUUGCAUUAUCGCUGUCGUUCUGUCGCCUUCCCCUGCUUUCAUGUGCAUACCUUACUUAUUCGUUUCUGCAUCAGGGAUCACGAUAUGUUUGACCUGCUCCGCCUGCGUUAUCCUCUCCAUGUACAGUAGCACGACUUGAUGCCUAAUCCGAAACUCCCCAAGCGCGUAAAGUGCUUAUCUCUGACAGCAGUGCUC